UAUAAAUAUAACUAUAAAUAUGAAAAUAUAGAUACAUAUAUAAAUAUAAAUAUUAAUGUAAAGAGAGAGAGAGUGUGGAAGAGGGAGGACAACGGCUACAAUAAUCUUAAUUAAUAAUUAACGAUCCGCUCGUGUAUGUACAUAUAUAUGUGUAACGUGAAUAUAUGUAUAUACAUGCCACGCAGGAGGAACGGAUAGACGCAUGUACAGUACAUGUGUAUAUAUACACGUACACGAUAGAGAGAGAGAGAGAGCGAGCGAGCGAGCGAGCGAAAGAGCGAGAGAGGGAGAGAUAUGUAUGUAGAUAUAUAAAUAUAAAUAAUAUACAUAAAGAAUGUGAAUGGCGCGAGACCGAGAUGCAGAACCGAUCAGAGGCUGACGACUGUUCACGCCAGAGAGAGACGAUGGCUUCGAUGCUGAGAGCAACGAUGAGAGAAUCUGAACGAGGGCCACCGCAAGAACCGAAAACCGCCACGUUCAAUGCCAUUCGGAGAACGUGCAAACCUUACGUCGUUCCACAUGAAACCAGUCGUUCGCACACACGUGUUCCCCGCUUUCCACCCCCUGUGUGUCCAAUCGUUUUUUUCGUUCACCCUUUCUUUGCGUUCGCACUUGCCUCCGGGCGCGCACCGCGCACAGCAGCCGGAUAAAGGCUCGAUGGAGGAGAACCGAAAGAUCUCGGAGCUGGAACUGAAGGCCGCGGCGUUGGAGAGGCUGCUGAGGGAGCAGGCUUGUUCCAAGAGGAUGAAGGACGCCAAGAACGUCGGUAUGGAGGAAUGGAAGGAGGAGCUAGAGGCGAAGAACACGAGGAUCGCCGAGCUGGAGGAUCAGCUGACCGCGUGCAAGAACGUGAAGAACAGUAAUAACGAGUGUACGCAGAGUUUGAAGCUGAUGGACGAGCUGAAGGAGGAGAAGAAAGAGAUCGAGGCAAAGAACGAGCGUAUAUCCCAGCUGGAGGACGAGCUACGGUCGCUGAAGAGCUCGGCCAAGAGGAAAGGAUCCGAGGCUCGAGUGGAGGACAACGAGGUCUGGAAGCUGGAACUCGAGACGAGGAAUCGGCGGAUCGUAGAACUCGAACAGGAAAUGGAAUCGUUGGAGAAUUUUCUUAGAGAGCACGCGGACACGGAAAGCGUACGUGAUCUCGAGGUCGUGAUCGAGAGAAAGACUAGGAGGAUCGAAGAGCUAGAGGACACCGUGGCGGAGUUCGAAGAUUUCUUGAAACAGAAUCCGGACGUGAAGGAACUGCACGAUCUUCGGUAUCAAGUGAAAGUCGCGAACAAACGGAUACAAGAGCUGGAGAGAUGGAUAGAGAAGAACGACGAGAACAGAGAAUCCAGAAUCGAUCAGGAGAGGGUCAUCGAGCUGGAGGAGAUGGUCACGCAGUUGGAAGAGUACGUGAGGGAGCAUAACGUCGAUGUUUUGAAGAGGAAGCUGCAAGACAGAGAAUGCAGGAUCGAGCAACUCCAAAGUCGAGUCGGGUGCUUGGAAAAGGAAUUGUUGAAGCUCGAGGAGAAGUAUAAAGGUACUUUCUUUCGAGAUCAAGUAGAUUUAUCAUCUAGUAAUAAUUUGGGGAAUCUAGCAGGGACAGAGAAAGGAACGAUAACGAAGCCGGACGAAGACUUCGAGCAGAAGAUGAAGAGAAUGGAAUACGCCUUGACCGAAAAGGACAACAAGCUUCAAGACUACGAGGAACAGAUCGCCGAGAACAAGAAUGAAAUAACGAAGCUACGGAAGGAAGCAGUAGCUCUGCGUAAAGAGCUCAGCGAGUGCGACGACAUCGGGAUUCUGAAGGAAGAGAUCAGGGUGAGGGACGAGAGGGUCCAACAACUGGAAGACGAGGUCGAUUCGUUGGAGAAGGCCUUUAACGAGAGGAUCGACUUGGAACAGAUCGAGGAGUUGGUGAACAUGGUCAAAGAAAAGGAGGACAAAGAGCAACAGUUGUCGAAGGACCUCGCAGAAGAGAGGACCAAGAUCGAGGAACUGAGCGAAGCUCUUCGCGAGAGCAUCGUGAUCGCGAGCGACAGCGAGAAGAAAUUGAAGAACGAAGAGAAGAUCAGGACGGAGGCUGUUGAAAAGAUAGCUAAGUUGGAGCAGAGGAUCGUGUCGAUGCAGAGCGCAUCAGCGUUGAAAUGCAUCACCUGUCAACCCCUCCUUUCGAAACUGCACAAGUACGAGAAGAAACUUGAACGCCUUAGCGAGGAGAGGAACGUGCAACUCGAAGAUCUGCAUCAAAUGAAACGCGAAGCUUUGAAAGCUGCGGUCUCCGAGAAGGACGCGCACCUAGCUCUGCUGGAGCUGUCAGGGAUAAAAACCGCCGUUCAAUCGGAGCAAGCAGAUCGAUUGAAAGCGGACAGGAAAAGAUUAUUGGACGAGCUGAAGAAGGAGGAUGAGAAAAGUAUUGAGUCAUCGGUAGAAGCGAGUACAGCUGAUUCAGAAGGAUCGCAGCUGCUGACGAAACUUUUGGAAACGUCCGACCACGAAGAGACCAAAAGUGAUCCGAGCUCGCCAAGGCCGGUCACGACGAACAGCGGACAGCUGCUCUCAUUCGAGAAUCGAAUCCACAGACAAUCGAACGACGACAAGCAUCCAGAUGAUAAUCAACGACACUCGAUCUUUACGGACUGA